GCUGGCGGCUGGAAGAGUGAGGGAUCCAGGAGCGUGGCCCGAGGAGGCGAGAGGAAGUCCUGCAGUGGAAGACAGGUAAUGAACCAAAAAGAUCAUGUCUGAAGUACAAGGAACAGUUGAGUUUUCUGUAGAGCUACAUAAAUUUUAUAAUGUGGAUCUCUUUCAGAGAGGGUACUACCAGAUCCGAGUGACCUUGAAGGUGUCCUCAAGGAUUCCCCACAGAGUGAGUGCCUCUGUCAUCGGGCAGACAGAGAGCGGCAGCCUGCAUUCAGCCUGUGUCCAUGAGAGCACCGUGCACAGCCGAAUCUUUCAGAUCUUGUACAGAAAUGAAGAAGUGCCCAUAAACGAUGCCGUGAUCUUCCGGGUUCAUUUGCUCUUAGAUGGUGAAAGGGUGGAGCAUGCUCUGAGUGAAGUGGACUUUCAACUCAAGGUGGACCUUCACUUUACGGACAGUGAGCAGCAGCUGCGGGAUGUGGCUGGGGCGCCGAUGAUCAGCAGCCGCACGCUUGGCCUGCACUUCCACCCCCGGAAAGGUCUGCACCACCAGGUCCCGGUCAUGUUCGACUAUUUCCACCUGUCGGUGAUCUCGGUGACCAUCCACGCUGCUCUGGUGGCUCUGCAGCAGCCCCUGAUCAGUUUUACUCGUCCAGGAAGAGGCUCCUGGCUUGGUAAAGGUGGCCCAGACACAGGACAGGAGCAGUCUGUCAUUUCUCUGGAAAACUUGGUCUUUGGAGCUGGAUACUGCAAGCCAGCCUCGUCAGAGGGAAGCUUCUAUGUCCCCUCCGAGAACUGCAUGCAACAUGCACACAAGUGGCACCGGGACCUGUGCUUCCUGCUCCUGCAUGCCUACCAGGGACUCCGCCUCCACUUUCUGGCCAUCAUGAGGGACAUCCCCGAGCUGCCGCAUAUGGAGCUGGAGGCACUUGCUGUUGAAGAAACGCUCUCUCAGCUGUGUUCAGAGCUACAGAUGUUGAACAGCCCAGAGAAGAUUGCUGAGCAGAUCAGUAAGGAUCUUGCCUGGCUCACCUCCCACCUGAUGGCCCUGUGGACCCAGUUCCUGGACGCAGUGACCCUGCACUCCCAGGUGACCACUUAUCUCACCCAGGAGCAUCACACCUUGAGGGUCCGAAGGUUCUCCGAGGCCUUCUUUUAUACGGAGCACCAAAAACCUGCAGUCUUGACCUUUCAGGAAAACCUGAUCCAGACCCACAGCCAGCUGUCUCUGGAUAUCCGGAAUUCGGAGUACCUCACCAGCAUGCCCCCGCUGCCCGCAGAGUGCCUGGACAUUGACGGCGACUGGAACAGCCUGCCGGUCAUCUUUGAGGACAGAUACGUGGACUGCCCUGUGACAGGGCAUAAUUUGAGUGUUUAUCCUAACUUUGAAACUCCAGCAACCAGCCCUGCAAUAAUGAAUCUAAAAGAGAAGGAAGAAAACCAUACUGUAAACCAUAAAGCACCUUUGAGGAACGAUCUUACCCUGUCUACUAUGAAGCCACCCCAAAUGGACUGUGACGAGGAGUCUCUUAGGUGUGAGGAGCCAGAUGACAAUGUUGCCACACUGAGUCAUAAGGACGUGUGCUCUGAAUCGCAGGUGUAUCUGACCAUUGGUGAGUUCCAGACCCAAGCAGGUGUGCCCGAAGAUGAACGUUGGCCUGACAGAAAGCCGGAUGCUAGAACAGAGCCGCUGGCAGACAGGGACAUGCCCAGAAAGAGUGCAGGCCCAGAGGAUGGCCAGGCCUCAGCACUGACCUACAUCGAUGUGAAAUCUAGCAAUAAGAACCCCUGCAGAGCAGAACCCACAGUGGGCCCUGGCGCUCAGUGUGAAAGUAGGAGCUCUGGGGGCAGCUGCAGGCUUGUUGGGACUGUGCAAAGCAGAGUGGUGGCAGGUGGAAGCCCCCAAAAUGCCGUCUCACCAGAGAGAGCACUUCUCGAUGAAUUUGGAGCUCCAGGAAAGGGAGCAGACCCAGAAGGUAGGAUGGUGAUGCUGAGUCUGAAACUCACCCCCUCAGAGCCCCGUGACCCAUUAAGCUCCACUCCAAGGGACUCCUUGAAUAUUAGGUCUUCUCUGAAGGACCCUCACACAGAAGAGCAGGAGGAACUAUCGGUGCUCUCUGGGGUCAUCAAGAGAUCUUCUUCUAUUAUCUCUGAUUCAGGCAUCGAAAGUGAGCCAAGCUCCGUUGCUUGGUCUGAGGCCCGAAGCAGGGUGCUGGACCUACCCAGUGAUCGGGAAGUCUUGCAUGUGUUAGUUCGAAGACAUGCACUGCACAGGAGCUCCCUGGAGGGAGGGCACACAGAAAGCAGUGCGAGUUUGCCCAGUGGCAUUCAGGCUUCACUCACCUCCAUUAGUUCUCUGCCCUUUGAGGAGGAGGAGCGGGAGCUGGCACUCACCAAGCUAACCAAAUCUGCCUCUGCACCCCAAAUCAGCAGCCCAGAGGAGACUGCAGAAGAUGCAGAUGCUGUGCAGCAGGGAGGAGGCUUUGCUGAAGCUUUGGACAUGCACGAGAGCCAAAAUUCCCCUGGACACUGUUCUCAACUUUGUGGAGGCUCCAUGACCCAGGACACAGUGGUGGAACAUUCUUUUGUGGAAAUAGUUUUAGAUGCUGAAAGCCAGCAGGGCCCUGGCUACAUAGACAUCCCCAAAGGUAAAGGGAGUCACUCGGAUCCUAAAAGACACUGUCUUCUUGAUGGCAGUACGGAAGACACUCCGGGUGUUGAAACCAAAGGUCUUGAUGUAUCAAUUCCACCUGUCAUAGCUCUUGAAAACCCCAGUUCCAGGUCUUCUCACAGAGCACGAGUGGAAACCCCAAAAGGCACUUCUUCAGACUUGAUUGUGGACAAAGUAGAUCUUUCUAGCAGUGACAUCUCAGGGGCUGAGGUUAUCUCCUACCAUAAGGUGCCUGCAUCGAGCUGUCCAUCAGCGAACGACGCUGUCAAUAAGGACUCAACAGGCAAGCAAAGCCGGUCUGCUUACAUCAUUGAUGACACAGCGUUUGACAGAGGAGCUGGCCCUGUGUGCCCCACUGUGACUCACUCCAUUCACUCCCAAGGGAGAACCCCAGAGCCAAAGACAGGCACUUCCAUUACAGGGCCUCACCUUGGCCCUGCAGAGACCUUCACACUGGACAGCCUGAAGGCCGUGGAAGUCGUUAACUUAUCUGUGUCUUGCACUGCCACCUGUCUCCCUUUCUCAUCUGUGCCCAAAGAGACCCCUGCCAGGGUUGGAUUCUCUUCCAAACAGACCCCGUUUCCCAUCACGCACCAGCCUUUGGGUUCCUUUGGAGUUGUUCCUCCCCAUUCCAGGAGCGUGGAGGAAGAAGUCAGUGAGAGGAUGUCUAGUUUUUAUCAGGCCAAAGAAAAAUUUAAAAAAGAACUGAAGAUUGAAGGAUUUCUGUACAGUGACUUAUCUGUCCUAGCUUCUGAUAUACCAUAUUUCCCACCAGAGGAAGAGGAAGAAAAUCUGGAAGAUGGGAUUCACCUGGUUGUCUGCGUGCAUGGCUUGGAUGGGAAUAGUGCAGACCUUCGGCUGGUCAAGACUUUCAUAGAACUGGGGCUCCCUGGAGGAAAACUGGACUUCCUCAUGUCUGAAAAGAACCAGAUGGACACUUUUGCGGACUUCGAUACCAUGACUGAUCGGUUACUGGAUGAGAUCAUUCAGCACAUUCAGUUGUACAACCUCUCCAUAUCCCGAAUCAGCUUUGUCGGCCAUUCUCUCGGAAACAUUAUCAUCCGCUCCGUCCUCACUCGGCCCCGGUUCCGGUAUUACCUCAACAAACUCCACACUUUCCUGUCACUGUCCGGGCCUCACCUGGGGACCCUGUACAACAACAGCACCCUGGUCAGUACAGGCUUAUGGCUCAUGCAGAAACUGAAGAAAUCCGGAUCCCUUUUGCAGCUGACCUUCAGGGAUAAUGCUGAUUUGCGUAAAUGUUUCCUCUAUCAGUUAAGCCAAAAAACAGGGCUGCAGUAUUUUAAAAACGUCGUGCUGGUUGCUUCUCCCCAAGACCGCUAUGUGCCAUUUCAUUCGGCCAGGAUUGAAAUGUGUAAAACCGCCCUCAGAGACAGACAUACAGGUCCAGUGUAUGCAGAGAUGAUCAACAACCUCCUGGGCCCUCUGGUGGAAGCCAAAGACUGCACUCUAAUCCGACACAACGUGUUCCACGCCCUGCCCAACACUGCCAACACCCUGAUCGGCCGAGCCGCUCACAUUGCCGUGCUGGAUUCAGAACUCUUCCUGGAGAAGUUUUUCUUGGUGGCAGGACUCAACUACUUCAAGUAGUGGCAUUGAGGGUGUGGGCCUUGGGUAACUUGCUAGAAAUGUUUAAGAUCAGUUGAGAGCUUCAGUUGAGAUGUACUUCUAUAGACCGUUACCACUGAGGGUGGUGCCCCAAGAGGACAGCAGUGAGGGGUGGGAGCAGCGGUGGAACCAAACAUUAGAGGUGCUUUUGCUUUGGAGAUUUGGGAAAGUUGAACAAGAGCAUAAAAGACAUCAAACUUUGUUUGACUGUGUCUAGCCACCUGAAGUCUUGUCUAGAUGCUUUCUAGGAAACAUGAGAAAAUAAAGAAAUGGUAUAUUUGGAGUUGGUGAGCCCACCUUUCAGCCACCACUGGCUCAGAGAGAGAUUGCUCUAGUUUAACUAGACGUAUCCAAUAUGUUAUUAGCGCAUAGCUUUAUCAUUUUUGAUUAAAUUAAGUGCACACAAGCAUUUCGAAACUCAGGUUAAUCUUUGUGCAGAAGUGGAACAUACCGUGUAAAUAGAAUUCUGGGUAGAUUCUGAUGUGCCACUUGUUCAAGAAAAUGUGAUACCCAUGCUCCCAUUCUUUCUCCAUGUUCUCCAAGCAAGGGAAUGCAUUUAAAUCUCGAUUUUAUUUUAGGACAGUGGUGGGUCGGAGUGAUAGAAGAUAAAGAGGGAUAAAGGAGAUGCUGUUGGUAAAUAUGAGUUUGUUACAAACAACAGUAACAAAAACAUUGACCUAGUUGUUCCACCUACUUCCCAGACAUUUUCUAUGCAUAGUCCUGGCCCACAGAUGGUGUGAUUACUUAAAUCUCUGUCUAUAGUAGGGAAGAUCAAAUGAGACUACAUCUAGCAGAAGGGGCUCUGAGAUGAAUGCAUGCAUGUAUGAAGCUCCUGCUGAUAUCUUCCCAAAGAAAUGCUAUGUUAGCAUUUGACGCAAUUGCAAAAAAUUCAAACCAUUAACCCGGCCGGCAACUUCUCCUCUCCUUGGUAGGAGAAAGACAUCUCAAUGGAGGAGUGCUGGAUUAAAACCUCAGGGGAGCUCUAAGAAGGGUGCUGGUUAUCUUCUAAUUGAAAUGUCUUUUUGCCUUAGGAAAUCAAAGGGCUAGGAAAGGUCAUCAUCAAUAGAAAACCAAUUGACAAUAGGGACAAAAGUGAGAUCAGAUUAGAGAACAGCCAGUUUCAGAACUCAAUUUAAAUUGUUAUUGUUAAUUGACUUAGGUGGAAGAUUUGAAAAUUACCAGAAUGUUUAAGAUGGUCCCAAAGGCUGAGUACACUGUAUGAUCUGAAGAAAGCCUACAGAAUCUUCGAGUUGUAUGGAUAAAGUGUGUGAGCUGGGACAAUGGGAAGAAUAGCACAGAGACUCUCCUCUGGAGAUGAAAGCUCCUGCAUCUGCAUCUUAUUUAAGUGCAGAAACUCAUCUGGGACCAGGUUCCUGCUCCCAGCAUCUGGACCAUGACUCUAGGUCCCUGGGGCCAUGGUGACAUGGCCAUGCAAACUUGGCUCAUUUCAGAAUGUUAGGUCCUCUCAUAUUAACAGUGUGACUUCACAAAAACACAGGCAGUUCAUGGGAAAUGAGUCUAGAUAGAUAAGUCUGCAGGAGAGUAGAUUUGUGGAUUUCUAGAAAAAGAAAAAAGAAAAAAAAAGCAGGGUUUAAUAGCAGGUUGACUGUUUGAUAGAAGCAGUCUUCUACUCAAUGAAUUCAGUGUUUCUCCGUGGUUCCUUUCUGAAUUGUCAUCUUAACACACAUGGGCCCAUGAAGUCCUUGACUUGCUUUUCCACUGGGUGUUUCGUUCCAAGUUCCUGAGUCAGUACCGGGCACAGACUGGUUGCUCGUGGGUGGGGCCACGUUAGCUCUGUGACCUGGGAGUCACUGCGGCUAGCCACGCAGCCCAUGAUGUUGGGAUGUGUUCCCUGUCUAGACAAGUGCCGAUGCUCGGCGUGGGACCACACAUUUGUAGCAGCUUCUCCUUUCUGGCCAAAUGACAAGCCCUGCCCCUGAAAUGAGCUCAUUUCAUGUUAUGUUUCAAUUUUCAUCUGCCGUGUUUGUCUCUCCCUGGUCACCUGAAAGACCGCGCAGCCAGCGGUUACGGAGCCAGGGCGAUCCUGACGAUUAUCAUCUUUUCCAAUAACCAGAUGCCAUUUUUAACUUCAAUAUGCUGUCUGGACAUAGUGAGAACUAAUGGCAAUAAACGUCCAGCUGCCUGGUGCACCUCUUUUUUAUAGGGGUGUCUGCUGUCUUUGUAAAUCUUCU